AUGAUACAUUGCCCGUAUAAAGAGCUAGUGUGUGUUGCCCUAUCGACGUUCAACACGUUAGGCGGAGGUGUCAGCCCCACUGGGGUGUACAAAAGCUGCAUCAACCGCAGUGGCUGCAAGCCAGGAGCCUUCACGCUGAGCACAUCCACGGACAGGCAAAUCCGGAGCAACAUAGCCUGUUGUGGAACAGCUGGAUGCAACGAAGAACUGGUUCUAAGUAUGACUCCUGCGAGUUCCACCAAAAACGGGUUGACUUGCCCAGGGUGUGAGAGUUUUAACCAGGGCCCUUGCGAGGCCCAAGAGCGCGUCGAAUGCACCGGAAUCGAAGAAAAGUGCAUUUCCCUUGUUGGGCUAUACGCUGGUUUACCGGAAGGAAACUUCUCCAUCAAAGGCUGCGCAACUGAUGGAGCUUGUUCCUUGGAUAGAAAUGACCUUGUGCCCUAUGCAGGAAAACUCUAUGUUGUGACUGAAUAUGCAGUUUGCACUGAUCAAGGGCUAGUGUCUGUGUUUGGACUUCAAGGCCAGCACUUCAGCAGGUGA